CCAUCCUGUGGGCAGAUGGUAGAAGCCACAGCAUCACAUGACUCACUCCGACAGUCAGAAGGAACGACAUAAAAAGCCAGGUCUGCCCUUGCAGAUCAUUGCAUUCCCGGUCUCCGGCUCACGGCAUCCUCCCUGCUGCAAGGACGCGCGGAAAUGAGAAGCCUGCUGUUGUUCGCUCUCCUCGGACUGGUGGUCCAUACCUACUGCGGAGUGAUCUUCAGAAACUCUAAUGAAAGAGACGGUUCCAAAGAGGGUGGCGAGCAGAAAAUCAGAGUGAUCGGAUCCAGAGAAGACGACGACUCUACCGAGAAUGAGAGUGGGCCAGACACUAAAGAUUCUGCUGAAAAAGAGAGUCACUCGGCAGCUCGAGACUCCAAAGAGAGCGGCGAACGGAAAGUCAAAGUGAUCGCAUCCAGAGAGGAUGACGACUCUACUGCAAAAGGGAGUCACUCUGCAGCUCGAGACUCCAAAGAGAGCAGCGAGAUGAAAAUCAAAGUGAUUGGAUCCAGAGAAGAUGACGAUUCUGGAGAAAAGGGGAGUCGCUCCGCAGCUCGAGAUUCCAAAGAGAGCGGCGAGAGGAAAAUCAAAGUGAUCGGAUCCCGAGAAGAUGAUGAUUCCAAAGAGAGCGGCGAGAGGAAAAUCAAAGUGAUCGGAUCCCGAGAAGAUGAUGAUUCCAAAGAGAGCGGCGAGAGGAAAAUCAAAGUGAUUGGAUCCCGAGAAGAUGAUGAUUCCAAAGAGAGCGGCGAGAGGAAAAUCAAAGUGAUCGGAUCCCGAGAAGAUGAUGAUUCCAAAGAGAGCGGCGAGAGGAAAAUCAAAGUGAUUGGAUCCCGAGAAGAUGAUGAUUCCAAGGAGAGCGGCGAGAGGAAAAUCAAAGUGAUUGGAUCCCGAGAGGAUGAUGACUCUACAGAGAAUGAGAGUGGGCCGGAUAACAAAGAUUCCAAAGAGAGCGGUGAGAUGAAAAUCAAAGUGGCCGUAUCGCUAGCUGAUGAUGAUUCCAAAGAGAGCGGCGAAAGGAAAAUUAAGGAGCUCAGAUCCGGAGGAGAUGACGACUCUGCCGAGAACGAGAGUGGGCCAGACACUAAAGAUUCUGGAGAAAAAGAAAGUCACUCUGCAGCUCGAGACUCCAAAGAGAGCGGCGAGCGGAAAAUCCGAGUGACUGGAUCCAGGGAAGAUGACGAUUCGGGUGAGAGCGGAGAGAAGAACCAGAACAACAACAACUCCAAUUCCGAUGAGAGCGUCGAAAGGAAGGUCAAAGUGCUUGCGUCCGGAGGAGACGACGAUUCUACAGAAAGAAAUAGUCACUCUGAAGCUCGAGAUUCCAAAGAAAGUGGAGAAAGGAGAAUCAAAGUGAUUGGAUCCCGAGAAGAUGAUGAUUCUACAGAAAGAAAUAGUCACUCUGCAGCUCGAGAUUCCAAAGAAAGUGGAGAAAGGAGAAUCAAAGUGAUUGGAUCCCAAGAAGUUCAUGAUUCUACAGAAAGAAAUAGUCACUCUGAAGCUCGAGAUUCCAAAGAAAGUGGAGAAAGGAGAAUCAAAGUGAUUGGACCCAGAGAAGAUGAUGAUUCUACGGAAAGAAAUAGUCACUCUGAAGCUCGAGAUUCCACAGAAAGUGGAGAAAGGAAAAUCAAAGUGAUUGAUCCCCGAGAAGAUUAUGAAAGAAAUAGUCACUCUGAAGCUCGAGCUUCCAAAGAAAGUGGAGAAAGGAGAAUCAAAGUGAUUGGUUCCCGAGAAGAUGAUGAUUCUACAGAAAGAAAUAGUCACUCUGAAGCUCGAGAUUCCAAAGAAAGUGGAGAAAGGAGAAUCAAAGUGAUUGGAUACCGAGAAGAUGAUGAUUCUACAGAAAGAAGCAGUCACUCUGAAGCUCGAGAUUCCAAAGAAAGUGGAGAAAGGAGAAUCAAAGUGAUUGGAUCCCAAGAAGAUCAUGAUUCUACAGAAAGAAAUAGUCACUCUGAAGCUCGAGGUAUCGACAUUUAUGAUUUCAAUCUCUUGCUGUAA